CAGUGGAAAAUUAUGUCAGCAUUUGCAAAUCACGCAGAAAUUUUCUAAAAUCCUUCUUUUCUCUCGAAAUAUCAGUGAUGGUGACGCAGAAGUGGUGAUAAAUUACACCCAAGGAAGCCCCACGUUUGAUUCCACACGAGGACGUGCAGGAAGUGUGCUAGUCUGCGUGGUAAAGUGAUUUCAGUGAAAUUCAGCCGAGUGGCAAGGUUUAUCGCAAAGCCACCUCAUUUUUAUCGCAAAUGUUUACGUAUUCACACGAAAAUUGGUGCAAUUACCAGACUGUGAGUGGGUGGGAGUAGGACACGCAGGGCUGGUGGGGAACGUGAGGAUUGCUUAGUCGGGAUGUUUUCAUCGCUGAAGAACAAGAUCAAGGAGGAGACGGGCAGCGAGGUUCCGCCCCUGCCCAGGCCACCCGGAAGGCGGUAUCAGCGCGGACGGCUGGACUCCUUCAACAGCAUGACGUCCAUUGAUGACUUGUCACUGAUUGAGCAGAAGGACGCUGAGAUUGCUGCCCUGCGCCUGCAGUGCAAUGACAUCGAGGCGAAGUGCGAUGAGCUGACGAAGAAGCUGGACGGCGCCACGGAGGAGAAGGAUCGACUGGAGAAGGCGAACGCCCUGCUGGAGGAGUCCGUGAGGGUCAGUCAAGUGCAGAAGGAUCUGAUUUGCGAGGAGCAAGACAAGAUCCAGAAUCUGCAGCUCGAGGAGAUCUCAAAGCUAAAGAACCUGGUGAUGUUCAGGGAUCAGGAGGCCGUGGACAGACUCCAGGCGCUCAAGCAGACGCAACAGCAGCUGGAUCAGUGUCGAAGUGAACUGGCGCGUCUCCAGGAGCUAGAACCAAUGCUUGAGGAUGCCAAGGACGAACUUGAGCGCUUUAGGCACUCAACACAGCUGGAGAAGAAUAAUCUGACCACGACUCUGGCGGCUGUUGAGGAGGAGAAUCGCCAUUUGAAGAGUCGCAUUGAGAUUUAUGAGGAAUCCAGGGCGAUUUUGACCACAUCGGCGGAUGAGAAGGUUAAGUCGCUGCUGCAGGAGCGGAAAAUGCUGGAGCAGCGCCUGGAGGAGGCGCAUCUCCAUCUAUCGGACAUCAAGAGUUCGUGGAGUGGACAGAAUCUGGCGCUGGAGACGCAAGUCAGUCGUCUGUCGCGCCAAGUGGCCGAGGAGACGACGGAAAAGCGAAAGGCACUCCAGGACAGAGAUGAUUUCCACGAGACAAUCAAGAGGCUGGAGUUUGAGGUGGAAAAGUGCCACGAUGAGAUUCGACAGAGAGACAAUAAAAUAAAACUCCUGAGCGAGGAGAUUGACGAUCUGAGCUCCACUCUGAGGGAGACUCGCCUCGAAAAUGAGGAAGAUGUGGCUUUCUUGCGAAGCAAGGCCGAGAAGAGUGCCGAGGAGAAUGAGGAGCUGAAGAGGCGUCUGAAUGAGGCGGAAGUGCUGCUAUCGGAGCAAGGAGAGGCGCAUGGGCGGACGGAGGCGCAGCUGAGGGGAGAGAUGACGACGCUGAAUGAUAGGAUCAGGGAGCUGACGACGAGGUUGACGGACGAGAAGGCGGAGAAGGCGAAUGUGGUGCUGAAGAAUGCCGAGAUAUCGCAGAGUGAGGAGAUUCUGAAGCAGAGUCUGCGGGAGGAGCAGGAUGAGCUGGCGGAAUUGACGGAGAAGAUGACGAAGCUGAGAACGGAGUUGAAAGAGAGAGAUGCCAGGGAGGCGAGUCUGGAGGAGCAGAUUCAGCAACUGCAGUCGAUAUUGGACGGGGAGACGGACAAAUUGGCCAGAAUUGAUCAAUUGAGCACGGAAUUGGGCGAGAAGAACAAGACGAUAAAGCAACUGAAUCAGCGAUUGGGUGACAUGAAGAAGACACUUCAGCAAGAGAUCAAGAGCAACAACAAUGUUUCCGGUGGUGGUUCGAAUCACAUUCAGCAGCAGCAGCAACUCAGUGUGCCGGAGAAGAUGCCCGAGAGGCUGGCGGAUGGCGCAGUGGUGAUGGAUGAGGUGAAUUUCAAGUACUUGAAGCAUGUGGUGUUCAAGUUCCUCACCAGUCGCGAAGUCGAGGCGCGUCAUCUGAUCAAGGCCGUGGCCACGUUGCUGCAUCUCAGUGGGGACGAGGAGAGGAUCCUCCAUGAGACGCUCGAUUGGAAGAGUAGCUGGUUCGGCGCCCGCCUGGCGCCGAGUUAA